AAACCCACUGAUGUCGUCCUCAAAUCCUGAUCUCCACUGAGGCCCUUCAAACCCGCUGUCUGUCUGCUGCACUUUUCUCAACAUCAUGAACGACAUCUACAAAGCAGCGGUAGAACAGCUCACUGAUGAGCAGAAAAAUGAAUUCCGCGCCGCAUUUGACAUCUUCGUGCAGGACGCUGAAGACGGCUGCAUCAGCACCAAGGAGCUGGGAAAGGUGAUGAGGAUGCUGGGACAGAACCCCACACCUGAGGAACUGCACGAGAUGAUCGAUGAAGUGGAUGAGGAUGGCAGUGGAACGGUUGACUUUGAGGAGUUCCUGGUGAUGAUGGUGAGAUGUAUGAAAGAUGACAGUAAAGGGAAAUCUGAAGAGGAACUGGCUGAACUUUUCCGCAUGUUUGACAGGAAUGAGGAUGGUUAUAUAGACCUGGAGGAGUUGAAGAUGAUGCUGGAGGAGACUGGAGAGAGCAUCACUGAGGAUGAUAUUGAUGAGCUGAUGAAUGAUGGAGACAAGAAUGAUGAUGGAAAAAUUGACUAUGAUGAGUUUAUGGACUUUAUGAAAGGAGUGGAAUAGGAGUGUGUGAGUGUGUGUAGAGAGAGGAGAAGUUACACCUCAUCAUCAUCAUCAUCAUCAUCAUCGUUCAUCAGUAAUAUUUAAUGUGAAAUUGAACCUUUAAUGACGUAACGUUUACUGAAAUCUCCAUUUGUUUCUGUUAAAGUUUUCAAAUAUGUAAAUAAAACCUAUGAAAUAU